AUGUCAAUGCCAGCGUCCAUUGCUGAGCUCAGCAAUGCUUCGAAUGCCUCGUUUAACCCUUCGUCGCCUUCACUGGCGCAAGAUGAGGCCAUGUUUCUAGAGGGAGCUGGUAGCAGCAACCUCAAUAGUAACCUGGAUGAAGACUAUCACUCCGAUUCCUCCUCUUCUCAUAGUACUUCAUCACAGGAAGAGGGUUCAUCUUCCAAAAAGAAAAAGUCUUCUUCCCAUAAGAAAAAGAGUUCAUCCUCCAAGAAGAAAGAGGUCAAGCAUGUCAGAGGAGCUUGGACAGAGGAGGAAGAUAACCACUUGAGAAAGCUUGUUGAAAAGUUUGGAGCUAAAAAGUGGUCACAAAUAGCUCAAGAAUUGCCAGGACGAAUUGGAAAACAAUGCAGAGAGCGUUGGUACAAUCAUUUGGAUCCAUCUGUGAAGAAGGAUUGGUGGACUCCAGAGGAGGAUCGUAUCAUUAUAGAGUAUCAUGAAAAGCAUGGUAAUAAGUGGGCUCAAAUUGCUAAAAUUCUUGAUGGAAGAACGGCCAAUGCUAUCAAGAAUCAUUGGAAUUCGACAUUGAGACGUGUUGUGGAGAAGUCCAAAGAUAAGGCCAAGAAGAGUGGAGGAAUUUGUGAAAUUGUUUUGCCUCCCUGCCCAAAGAGAAAGAAAUCAUCCUCCAAGGGCAAUUCUACUUCCGAUAAGAUACAAUCCAUGACCAUCCAGCUUCGUUUCAACACCACCAGUAACAAACUUUUGGACAUUAAGACUACCAAGGUUGUCACUAGCGAUGGGGAGGUACAGUCAGGAGAUGAUGAAGGUGGUGGUGUUGAUGACUCUGACAAGAUCCCAUCUUCUCCCAACUCUUCCAAGAAAACUCUCACUGAUUCUGAGGAGGCUCCUACCAAGUCACACCGCCAUAAAACGUCAUCGCUGAGAAAGAGAAAGAAACCUGCUCGUGACUCUGAUUAUGAUUAUGAGGAAGAAGAGGAAGAAGAUAGCGCCAAUGAUAAGGCAGAAAAGGAGACUGUUCAAAGUCGACGACCCAAGGGACGACGCUCCUCUCGUAAACAAACCAAUGACGAGGAGGAAUAUCAUUCUGGAGAGGAGGAGUCUGACGAGGAUGAAGACUUACCCUCAACGGAUCACAAUGACUCUGCUGAGGACGAGAAUGUAUCAACCAAGAAACGAAAGCUCUCUUCAUCCUCCAGCAACAAGAAUGUCAAACAAUGUGCCUCUUCAUCCUUCAUGUCAUCCAAUGCUGGAGGUUCCCAUGAAAGUCCUUCCCUUACCAGCAGCAGCAACAAUUGUGCUGAACAAACGAUUCCAAAUCCAACUGCUUGCCCUUCCAUCACCACCGUACCCUUGUAUAAUCCUAACUUCUUCCAAUCCUCCUCAACAACAAUGAAUCCAAAUGUACAAUUCCAACAGCCAUCCAGCGUGACAGCUAUUCCUCAACCACAACACAUAUAUGACUAUUCCGAUUUUGACUUUCCAUUCCUUGAAGACAUGUCUUAUCAACAACCUCUCACAACGAUGAACAACAUCAACAAUAGGUACCAAUCGCAGCCCAUGCAAACAGUAGCUGCUGGCUCUUCCUCCCACCAUCAUGUACAGUAUCCAUAUGCUUCCACUGGUAGCUCGUUCUCACGAACAUGUGCUGCCCCAAAUUCUUCCAAACAACCACCACAGCAAGUCUUCUACUCGAGUGAACAAUUGCAAAAGAUGAGACAAUCGUUCUUGGAAGAUUUGUGGAACCAUGAUGACACAGAUUUCAAGUCCAUUGUAGAAUCCAGGAGGUUUGAUCCACAAUACUCGGCCGAGUAUUCUUCAUCGGAUUUAGGUGCUGAUGCUGACAUUAACUUCUUUCUAGAUUUUACCUUCUAA